UCAGAUUGAAUAUUCGAUACGUGAUGCCGUCAGCACGUCUAGCUCUCCGAGAGGAGGAUGUUGUGCGAUUAACGUUGGAAUUCCUACAUAAUCGCGAAUUGCACAUAUCACAAUUAAGUUUAGAGCGCGAGACAGGUGUGAUCAACGGUCAAUACUCAGACGAUGUACUUUUUUUGCGGCAACUGAUAUUAGACGGGCAAUGGGACGAUGUUAUUGAAUUUAUUCAGCCGUUAGAGGCGCUGCAAGCAUUCGAUAUGAAACAAUUUCGAUAUUCAAUAUUAAAGCACAAAUAUAUUGAAUUAUUAUGUAUUAAAUCGGAAGCGGGUGGUGCAUUGGCGGCGGCUGGUCAAGGUAUGAAUUCGGUUGAAGGUGCUGUUGAAGAGGUCGUAUUGAUUUUAAGCGAAUUAGAAAAACUGGCCCCAAGCAAAGACGAAUAUUCAGCAUUAUGUUUACUGUUAACAUUACCGCGUCUCGCCGAUCAUCUGCAAUAUCGCGAUUGGAAUCCAAGCAAGGCACGCGUACAAUGUUUUCGUGAUGUUUUUCCAUUGGUGGAGAAAUUCUUGCCGGGCGAUAAAAAGUCACAGGCCAUUUCAGCUGCAAAAAAUGAUCGUUUGAUACAACUAGUCAUAAAAGGUGUAUUAUAUGAAUCAUGUGUGGGCUACUGUCAAGCAAAAGCGACCGGUUCGCCAGAGUGUUCACAACAAGAGAUGACAUUUUCAAGACUGCUUGAUGGCUCGGUUGGAUUUAGUGACUCCGAUUUAUCAUUACUUAGCUGGCUUCAAAGCAUCCCAUCUGAAACAUUUUCAGUUCCAUUCGAACAAAAAACACUAAACGUUGAUGUUGAACGACUCGAAAGACCCUCACUGGAAACCUCUUGGACAGAACAUAUGCUUAUUACUCCAAUCAAGCCAAAAACAUUUCCCCAUUCAGUGAUGCCAUUUACAAGACCACGAAGUGCAGCUGACAUUAUGACACGUUCGCUUUUACCUACAUUAGAUGGACUUACUUUUGGAUUGA